CUCCUACGGCUCAGAACCCUUUCCCCUAAAUUUUAGAAGCGACUAGAAGUUGAAGCGUUAAUAGAAGGGCUAAAAUGCGGAGAAUAUUUCGGUUUCUAGCUACUGCUUGAAAUUCUCGAGUCUCGACUCUUCGUUUUUUAUCGAGCUGAAUCUACACCAUGGAUGCCGCGAAGGUGAAACAGCUUAAGCUCUUCAUUGAGCAAUGCAAAUCCAAUCCUUCCGUUCUCAGUGAUCCUUCAAUUUCCUUCUUCAGAGACUACCUUGAGAGUCUCGGUUGUAAGCUUCCCUCUUCAGCUUACAUGCCUGACGAUUCACCUCCAACUCGAAACUCGUCUGUGGAUGACAUUGAGGAGGAUGAGGAUGAGGAUGAGGACGAGACAGACUUCAAAGAUGAGGAAUCUUCACAUGGAGCUAAACCCGCUGAUGAUGGUUACGAGAGUGAGCUAAUAGAGUCAGACAUCGAGCUCGAAGGGGACACUGUAGAACCAGAUAAUGAUCCUCCGCAGAAGAUGGGAGACUCCUCCGUUGAGGUUACGGAUGAGAACCGCGAUGCUUCUCAAGGAGCCAAGGCACAGGCAAUGGAAGCAAUUUCUGAGGGUAAACUCGAGGAAGCUGUUGAACAUCUUACUACGGCGAUUUUACUGAACCCGAUGUCUGCUAUAAUGUAUGCGACUAGAGCUAGUGUCUUUAUAAAAAUGAAAAAACCUAAUGCUGCUAUUCAAGAUGCCAAUGCAGCUUUGGAGAUUAAUCCAGACUCUGCAAAAGGCUAUAAGACUCGUGGCAUUGCCAAAGCAAUGCUUGGUCAGUGGAAAGAAGCUGCCAAGGACCUUCACUUGGCAUCAAAUUUGGAUUACGAUGAGGAGAUCAGUGCAGUGCUAAAAAAGGUUGAACCUAAUGCACACAAGAUUGAAGAGCACCAUAGGAAGUAUGAGCGGUUACGGAAAGAGAAGGAAGAGAAGAGGAUUGAGCGUGAGAGGCAACGCCGUAAGGCUGAAGCACAGGCUGCAUACGAGAAGGCCAAAAGGGAGGAGCAAUCUUCUUCAAGUAGGAAACCUGGUGGCAUGCCUGGUGGCUUUCCCGGAGGGAUGCCAGGAGGCUUCCCCGGGGGGAUGCCCGGAGGCUUUCCAGGGGGGAUGCCCGGAGGUUUCCCUGGAAGUAUGCCGGGAGGGAUGCCUGAUAUGAGCAACAUUCUAAAUGACCCUGAAUUAAUGGGCGCUUUCAAAGAUCCAGAAGUUAUGGCUGCUCUUCAAGAUGUGAUGAAGAACCCUGCUAAUAUUGCUAAGCAUCAAGCAAACCCCAAGGUGGCUCCGAUUAUUGCAAAGAUGAUGGGUGGGUUCGCUGGACCCAAAUAAGCUAUAAUACUGUAAGGAUUAGGUUGUCUUCCUUAGUUACAUUUGCUUUGUCAUUGUCAUGUUUGUGCUACAUUAGGAAAAGAUGAGUCUUCUGCUGUAACUUUUUGAAUGUGUGCAUCUUAUUUCUUUAUGUGAGUAGACCCCCAUAGUUGAAUCA